AUGAUUGAAGGAAAUAUUAAACCAUUUGCAGAGGUAAAAACUCUUGUUGAAGAAUGGUUUUUUAAAUUACAGUACGAAAGAAAACUAAAAAAUACAAAUUUAUUGUCGAAAACCGUAAAUAAUUUACCAUGCGAAACACAAGAAAACGUUCGAAUACUAAUAUCGGAAAAUAUUAAUUUGAUAAUCAGUAAAUGUAGAGAAUCUAAAAAUGUCGUUGAUAUGCGAAACGCUUGCAAUGCUAUUAAUGGUUGCUUUGAUAAUUUUAUACAUGCCAUUGAUGCUGUGUGUUAUUCGGCCUCUAAUUUAUUAUCAUUCAUCGAUUUUGCACUUGAUGAAUGUCAGGAAGAAUUUUCAAAAAAAAUCCUUAUAUUAAUAUUGAAAUUAAAGAAUCAAAAUUUUAAUAAAUGUGAAGUUGACGAUUCUUUAAAAAAAAAAUUGAAACAAUCGAUAGAUUUCAAUGACAGUCAAAAAUCACUUUUAUGUUUGCUCACAAAGAAAAUUGGAAAAAUUUUAUUGAAAGAUGAUGUUUUAUUUGAUACUAAAAAUAAUUUUGCAAUGGCUUGUGUAUUGAUUCGAGAAAUCAUAACUCCAAACUUUGAAAAAAAAUUUUCUGCAACUAUACCACCUGUAUUAACUUCUGAUCAAAGCGAAAUUUACUUAUUACAAUUUUUAAUGUCGAGUGCAAUAAUUAAUAAAUGGUCUUCCAAAAUUAUCGAUGAGGAAUCCACAUAUUUAUUAAAGCAUGACUGUUUCGAUAAAUUUUUGUCGAAAAUUAAUGUUGAAAUAAAAAAGAACUUUUUAAACUCGAUACUUCCCUGCAUAUUUAUGCUUUUGGAACAUCCAGUGUCAUGUGUUAGACAUUCAGCCAAGGAUUUUUUACCACUAUUAGUAUCCAAUCCUUCAUUACAAAAUAGUGUUAUAGAUUAUACUUUUAAAUUACCAGUAGAUAAAAGAAGCUAUUUUAUAGGUGUGGGUGCUCUGGCUAAUGAAUUGGGAGCUAGAGUUUUAAUCGAAAGAGAUCCUAAUAUAACCAAGCAGUUAAUUAAAAGUUUGUACGAUCCCACGAUUAUUUCUCACGUAUCUUUCGCGGUUGAAAGUAUGAUUUUAAAUGAUACGCUGGCAGAAAAUGAUUUUAUUGGAUUUUGCGAACUUUGGAUCAUACCUUUACUCAUAUCAUUAUUAAACGUUUUACCAAUAAUAGCAGCCGAAAUUGAUAAAUUAUUAGAAAAAACUUUUAAAAAAUAUUCUCAUGCACCUUUGUACGUGACGGAAAAAUGGAAACAUCCAACUUCAAGAGAAGAAUUACGUUGCGUUAUAACAGCAUUAAAAAUAAGCCAUCGAUUAGGUUUCAAAAAUGAAACGGGGAAAAAAUACGAUAAACUCGUCGACAAUAAAUUAUUAAUGCAUUGUUUACAUCAGGGUGAUGAUGAAAUUCGAAUAUCCGCUUUUUCACUGUUAAUAGAAGCGCGUAAAACAAGCGAACCAUUUACAAAUACAGAUUUCGAUUUAAUUAUGUAUUUUUUAAAAUAUAAUUUAAAUAAUCAACAACCUGCGACAAGACAAAAAAUAUUAGCUUUGAUUCGAAAGAUGUUUGUCAGAUUUUCCGACAGCAGAGUUAAUUUUCAAAAGGAUUUAAAAAACAAAAUUAAAAUUUCAGAAGGAGAAAAAUAUAACGAUCAUAGCUAUGAUGAAUUUCUUGAGGGGCUCGUAGAAUUUUGUUUUUCGAACAUAUUCGUGGGAUGUAAUUUUAAUAGAUUGAACACCGUAUUAAACAUUUUACUCCUAUGUUUCGAAUAUAUAAAAGGCAUGUCUUUCGACGUGAAAAAAACAAAUUAUUAUUGGAGGAAAUUUCUCAUUGCUUUGGAUAGCAGUUACGAAGAAAAUAAAGAACUCGCCGUUUUAUUAUCGAAAAAAUUGAAUUUCGAAACAUUAGACGCCGCAAAGGUCGAAACGACCAGACGACUAUUUGAGAAAUCAUUAAGGCUAAUAAAUCACAUGGAACCGCCAGACGUUUUAACGGGGUCUUACUUAUUACAAAUUCUUGUGAAUUUACCCUCCGCCAAAGAAGUUUUGACAAAAUAUUUUAUAAAAAAUGAUAAUCCCGAGGAAGAGGGGGGAGACAUUUAUUUCGAUUGCAUUAAAUUAUUGACGAAUAAUUUAACAUAUCAAGUUUCUCUGGCCAAACUGGAUUUACUCACAGCUUCAACUUGCGGACCCAUGUACGGAACAUUGUUCGCAAUAAGAUUACUUUAUAAAAAUGUUAAUUUUUCUCAAGUCAAAGACGAGGUCGCGAUGGAAAAAAAAUUGUACCUGGUGGAAAAUUGGAAAAGGAUUUUAAAUGAGUUGGUAGAAAUUUGUUUCGACAUAAUACCGAUCGUUACAUGCGUUGUAAAUAGUUCAUCUCCCGAAGGACACCUUCCAAUGGAUUUUCAAACAAGUUUUGAAAAUCUUUUGAAAAUAGACUCUUGCAAAGAAAAAAUCAAAGACGAAUUAAACGAAUCGGAAUUUGACAACUACGAAAUACUUCGAAGUCUCAAAUGUUUGUUAAAAAUCAAUAAAUUACUUUUACUCAAUGUCGGAAAUUUCAAAGAGUCUCAUUUAAAACAAAAACUUUGCGAAACGAAAGAAGAAAUCGAAAAUUUAAUUAUUACUCUGGAUAAAAAUAACAAAGCAGUUGAUUGGCAAGCGACGGCUCAAGUUCUUUUAUUAUGUGCCUGGAGAUCGAUAAAAGAAGCAUGUUUAUAUUUGGGAGACUUUAUAAGCAAAGUUCCCAUCGAAACAGGAAGUAGUUUAUAUUUCGAAAUGGGUUUUUUUUCCGAAUCCACGAUAAUUAAAAUUGGAGAAGAAUUAAAAAUUUUGUUGUGCGAAAUAAAACAUCGUGGAAGUUUCGAACACGUUUACGUGAGCUUCACGCAAUUUGUAAAUUCCUUGUGGUUGUGCACGGAUCCGAAUUUGAGCAAAUUACCGAGAGUUUGGCUCGAAGAAAUUGCGAAUCAUUUAGAAUUACCGAGCAGAGAUCAAAAAUUGAAACUUUGUUCAACGAGAAGAAGUGCAGGACUUCCAUUUUUAAUUCAAAGCGUCAUUUGUUCGGAAAUAGUUUCCGUCAAGUCUCCCACGCCGUCUACACUUCACGGAAUUAUGAAAUCUUUGCUUAAAAUCACAGAGGAAGGAGUCGCGGAUAAUUUGGAUUCUAAAAUUCACGCGUUGAAUAUUUUAAGAGCACUUUUUAAACACGCGCAAUUGGGCGAACACGUUUCUUCGUACAUAUCCAAAGCCGUCAUGGUUGCCAUACGAGGAAGUCGUGGUCCAACUUGGUCGGAAAGAAAUUCUUCAAAUUUGCUCUUUAGUUCUUUGAUAAUACGAAUAUUCGGAGUUGCCAGGAGUCGAGAUGAAAUUUCUAAAAAAAACAGGAUGACGAGCAGAACAUUUUUCCAAAGGUAUUCCGAAUUAUACGAAUUCUUAUUGUCGGAAAUGAAAUUGACUCAUUCUUUGGAAAAUUCCAAUCGCGUUCCAAAACCUAGCCUGUAUUUGGUCCUGUUGAUUUUGGGCAGGUUGUAUCCAACUCCGAGAGAGGAUUGUAACACGAUCGACUUGUCUGAAUUUUUGCCCUACAUUAAUGAAAGUCGUCGUAAUCCGACAUCGAAAAUUCGAGAAUUAUCAGCGAGAGCUUUGGUUCCUCUAAUAUCUCCGGAUAGAUUAUUACAAGAACUCGACAUUCGUUUCGAAUCGUUAAACGAGAGUAAUAAACUUUCAUCGAACGAAAUCCACGGGAUUUUACUUCAGAUAAGAGCUUUGAUAGCGGAAUCGACGAGCGUUUUAGAAAAUAUUUUCAAAGAAAAUUUGUCGGAAAAUUUUCGAAUUGAAUCGUCGUGGUUGACGACGACCAAAUGGUUAUUGGAUACGAAGCGAACAAAUCGAAAAAUAUCAUUCGUUAUAAAAUCUGAGUAUUUGAAAGUUUUACACGUUUUGUUCGAUAAUUUUUCAAAUUUUAGAAAAAUCGUUGCCGAAAUUACAACGAAUUGUUUGGAUUUCGAAAAUUUAUGUUCGAGGAUGGGUAGGGAAGGGGGAAACGACGAGCCGGGAAUAUUUUUGUGUCUGGAAAAUUUUUACCAUUUAAAAUUAAACGUCGUGACGUAUUUUCUAACGGGGUUAGGAGAUGAUGAGGAAAAAGGAAACGGUGAAAACGUCGUAGUGAAAUUAUUAACGUUUAUGUUAAAUUCUGGAAUCGGCGAAAUCCAGUUGCUCUCCCUCAGGUUCGUAAGUUUUAUUCUGAGGAGAACGGAAGAUGAUUUGUUAUUCGAAGAAGAAGAUAAUGAUUUUACCGGAAUCGGAGCACCGAUUUCCGGUUUGUUAAUUUUCAAAGGAAAAGACGACGCGGUGGAAAAUUUGAAAAAUUUAUUUUGUCUUUCGAGUACGGAUUUGUUGAAAUGUUUGAUGAAACCUCUCGAUAACAAUCAUUUCAAAUCAAUUUCGGUUAAUAGAUUUUGGUUCAAAACGUGCAGUUUCGUAUUCACAUCCGUUUUCGUUUUCGACAGGACGGAUUUGUUUGCCAAUGAAAAUCAAUCGAUGGAAAACUUGGAAAGAUGUCUCGAAUCGGAGGACGAAACCAUUUCCAGUUCAUCUCUCGUUAUGUACUCGAUUUAUUUAUUUACUAUGAAUUCGAGUGGAAAAUUUAAAAACGAGGAACUCGAAUUCAAGUUGAAAGAACUCGGGAAAAGGUUUAAGGGAUUCGCGUCGCCGGAAGCGGAUGCGAAGGAAAAAUUAUCGGUCAUGAAAAUAAUCAAUCAUUGUUUUCAUGCUUUGUUGAACGAUGAGAAUUUUUUUAUCGAUGAGAUGAAUCUUUGGAUGAUUCCGAUAACUUUGCUCGUAGACGAAGAUGUCGCCGUGAGAAAAGCGGCAACGACGUUCGCGUGCAAAUUUCAAAAUCAUUUAAUGGCUACAUGCGGUGAUGAUUUGACGGUGGAAAUGAAAAUACUCGAAUGGCCCGUUUGUUAUCUCGUACCUUUGAAAACUCAACAAUGUCUACUGGAUUCAUAUAUAAACGUUUGCGGGAAAAACAAAGAAAGACUUUUGAGUUUGUUGACGCAAUUAAUAGUCGGAGCUUUGUCGUCGUUUGUGUCGGAAAAGGAAAAUAAGAAAAAUGAAAACAAUUUGAACGACGAGUUUGGAGUUUUCGAAAAGGGAAAUCCGAAUCCGUACUGCGAAGAAUUAGGAAUCACUCAUUUGAUUUGCGACAAAUUGGCGGAAGUGAGAGAAAGAAUAAAUUUAAAAUCGUUAUUGAUUCAUCCUUUGAAUUCUCGUGUCGAGAAAUUACUCACGGAUAGUUUUCACCUUUGCGAUUUUAUGACGCCGGAAAAUCUCGCGGAAACGUUGGGAAAAAUAAAAGAAUUGAUUUCAAGGGAAAACGUGAAAGACAAAAAUGAAUUUUCCAUAUCGUCCAUGCAGAUAAACGAGUUGUUGACGGCUUUGAAUUUAUAA